AUGGGGUGGGUUCAUCGCAUCAACUCCGGGGUCGCGAGUAGCCCCGUUGGAAGAUGGUUCCAACUCGAAGGAUCUGGUCAUCCCAAGGAACGAAAGGGGUCCUACUUCUUCACCGAGCUACGCGCUGGCGUCGCCGCUUUUUUUGCUAUGGCUUACAUCAUUGCUGUCAAUUCCAGCAUCGUAGCUGAUACUGGCGGAACCUGUGUCUGCAAUGGCGGAGCGGAUGAUCCUAUCUGUGACGUGAACGAGGAUUACUUAUUAUGUGCCGCCGAAGUCAAACGCGAUCUCGUUACUGCGACGGCCGCCAUCAGUGCACUUUCAUCAUUUUGCAUGGGCCUGUUCGCGAACCUCCCAGUCUCUCUGGCCCCCGGUAUGGGGUUGAAUGCAUAUUUCGCGUAUACCGUGGUUGGACACCAUGGUACCGGCACAGUCCCGUACAGUGUAGCUUUGACGGCAAUAUUUGUCGAGGGCUGGGUUUUUUUCGCCCUUGCCCUCUUCGGCCUCAGGCAAUGGCUCGCAAGGGCCAUUCCGCGAUCGAUAAAGCUCGCCACGAGCGUGGGAAUCGGUCUCUUCCUAACCCUGAUAGGCUUUACGUAUAGCGAGGGUAUCGGUCUUCUGACUGGCGCACAAUCUACGCCACUUGAGUUAGCCGGCUGUACGCCUGACUUGCUAGACCCUGUCACUCAACUUUGCCCUGAUGGAGCAAAGAUGCGCAAUCCAACGUUAUGGGUUGGUAUUUUCUGCGGUGGCGUGUUGACUGUGCUGUUGAUGAUGUAUCGCGUGAAGGGCGCUAUAAUAGCAGGCAUUCUCCUCGUUAGCAUAAUCUCGUGGCCACGAGGAACUUCCGUGACUUAUUUUCCUUAUACCGCCGUGGGCGACGACGAAUUCAACUUCUUUAAGCAGGUGGUUGACUUCCACAAGAUCACCAAGACUCUCACGGUUCAGCGAUGGGACAUCUCUGAAUACGGAGGUCAGUUCGGCUUGGCGUUUAUUACAUUUCUUUAUGUGGAUAUCCUUGACUGCACGGGGACUUUGUAUUCAAUGGCUCGCUUUGCUCGUGUUGUGGACCCUGUAACCGAGGAUUUCGAGGGAUCGACAAUCGCAUACAUGGUCGACGCCAUCAGUAUCUCGAUAGGAUCACUCUUAGGAAGCCCACCCGUCACCGCCUUCAUCGAGAGUGGUGCAGGUAUUUCCGAGGGAGGAAGAACUGGACUAACGUCGAUAACCACGGGUUUAUGCUUUUUCAUCUCUAUUUUCUUUGCACCGAUAUUUGCCUCAAUCCCACCAUGGGCUACAGGCUGCGUGUUGGUCUUAGUCGGUUCGAUGAUGAUGCAGGCGGUGACCGAGAUCAACUGGAGGUAUAUUGGUGAUUCUGUACCUGCCUUUGUAACUAUAUGCGCAAUGCCUUUCACGUACAGCAUUGCGGACGGACUCAUCGGUGGUAUUUGCUUGUACAUCACGCUCAACGCAACGGUGUGGUUGAUCGAAAAAGCGUCAGGGGGACGGCUUGUCCCGCCCAACAAAGCCGAAAAGGAUCACUGGACCUGGCGGGUCUCUGGUGGUAUAUUACCACCGUGGUUGGUACGGCUUUCGGCGGGCAAAAAUGAUUUCUGGCGGGAAAAUUCUCCUGCCACUGUAUCGGCUUUAGAUGUGCCAGAUGAAAAGGACAUGGCGAAGAAGGAUUCGAAAGACGCCACGGAAGGUAAUUCCAAAGCCGCUGCCCUUCGGAGCCACGAGAAGCCUCUCUGA